AUAGAGAUUGUCUUCCUAUCCACCGACGCUAAUUACGUACAACGUGGACUAGCGAGUAUUUUAUCGGAGCACUCCAUCAAUUAUGCGCGUCGUUUACUAAGUGGCACACUGGCGGAGGAAGAUUUACCAGCGGCACAUGUGCGGACGCUUAAACCUGGUGCAGUUUGCUCCAUAUUCACAUCUCUAUUCACACAACGCAUUGGGCGCAAGUUUAAUUUUGAGAUUUUAAAUAAAGUGCCAUUUAGGGAAUUUUCAUUUGAGGGAAAAACCUUCGCUGAGCGAAUAGAUCCCAUACACGAGUUUGCGACAUUUGAAGCGUUGCGAUUGUGAGAGAUGGCUGAGU